AUGCAUUCGGGGAGGUCCCACACGGGUACAGAGGGUUUAGAGAGUUCCCUCGAGUCAAGCACUCUCUUGGAGGGCCAAACAACACCCGGAACAGCAAUACGUCCCGAACAAGAAACAGGGAAGCAUUAUGACGUUGUUCUGCAACCCUCCGAACCCGAAUUCCAGAGAGUUCGUGAGAUAAGGCCCAGCAGGCUGAAAGUCGGCUUUGCCACUGUGAGGCAUCCUUUUGGGAGGACAUUAAAAUGUUCGACAAAUCCGCUGUAUCAACUCGCCGUGAGAUUCUACAUCUUCAGAGAUGAGGCGCUGGGGAUCCCAUCCCACCAGAGUCCAACGACUCUACGACGGCGAUCCGAGUCGUCGCGACCAGGCCGUUAG